AUGCCCCCAGUCGUUUCGAUACUGCUGGCCUUGGAUCGCGAUAGCAUCUUGCGAAUUGUCGUUCGUGCUCAAAGGUCAGCCUGGUCAGGUCUUGUCGCCGCUUGUCGCCGCUCCAUCACAAGCGAUUGCGACAACAUGAUCGACAUGCCGCUGUUCGGCAACGAUGUGAUGCUCCACAACGGAGAACCUGAUGUUCCGAUCUUGCUGCGUGGCAUCUCCGUCUGUUGCUGGGGACACCCUUUACUACUGGCCAGUCUGGUCUAUAGUCAUGUAAGCACCCUCCAAGGUGUGCCUGUUUUAGAAUGGACUGUGAUCAUUGCACAUGAUGGUGGCAGCACGUAUGCGAAGGACCGCACACGUACCUCUCGCAAGGUUCCAGCUGAAGCAAAAUUGGGACACGUCUGA